GAUUUUCACAAAAUUUUUUUUUUUAGUAGUUUAGAGCUUUUUGGAAAUUCAUUUCGUUUUUUCCGAAAAUUCAUUUUGUUUUGCUGCCCCCUUCAAAUUCUUUCUCCCUCUCCCCCUCUAUUUCCGGAGACCUUGCUCCUCCGUCAUUCUCCAAUGGCUUCCCUUCUUCUGCUUCUCUGCUAAAGCCUCCUCCAUCCAUCCAUCCAUUAUCCCUUUCGUAGUGGAAGAAGAUUUGAUGAGAUUAUAAACUUCAAUCUUGGGUCCCUUCUAGCCAUUUACCGUGGAAAUUUAACAAUGGAUGAGAAUGGUGGUGCGAAGCUGACUGGAAUUAGGCAGAUUGUAAGGCUAAAGGAAAUGCUUCAGAAGUGGCAAACUGUCACGCUUGGUCCGAAGCCAAACACUCCGCAGUCAAAUCGUGCUCCUGGAAGCAUCUUGCCGAUGAUUAAUAAGAGACUGACCAAUGUCAUGAACUGUGAUUCCGAUGAGGAUAGCUGCCACAGUCCAGAAUCACCACCGGAUGUCCCAAAAGGGUAUUUGGCUGUUUAUGUUGGGCCUGAGCUUCGGAGGUUUAUCAUUCCUACCAGCUAUCUUGGCCACUCUCUCUUCAAGGUUUUGCUGGAAAAGGCAGAGGAGGAGUUCGGGUUUGAUAACAAUGGUGCACUCACACUCCCUUGUGAGAUUGAGACCUUCAAGUACCUCCUGAAGUGCAUAGAGAGCCAACAGAAGGACCAACCUGCUGAUGGCCCCAUUCCUGAAGAGCUAAAGAUUCAUUAACCUUCAAGGAGUCAGUAAAUACUAUGCUAUGCCCUUAUACCGGUGAAGAUGAUCUAGGAGCAAGGUCUCAUUGUACGCAGAUAUUUUCCAUUUCUUUUUUCUUUUUUCUGUUAAUUCACAAGCAAUAGAAACUUUUAGGUUGAAAAUUUGAAGAUGUAUUGGGAGGAAGUGAUUGUGAGGGCUCCUUAUUAUUACUGGAACAUAACUUACAUCUCAUUUCUGAUUGAAUAUAUUUCAAGUUUACUU